GUCAAAUUUACAAAAAGAGAGAUUACUACAGUGUCCUAGAUGUAAGCCCGAAGUGAUCAAUGGAAGACAUCAAGAAGAAAUACCUUGAGCUAGCCUUGCUACACCAUCCUGACAGGAACGAGGGAAGGGAGAGCAAGUUUUUCCUAAAAAUUCAGGAAGCCUACCUGAUCCUAUCCAAUUCAAACUCACGCUUAAAAUAUGACAUGUUCAUGAAUAUUUCGAACCCAAACUUUGAUGCUGCUGAAGCAAGGAAGAACUUGAGGUACAAGUUCAUGACUCCUCAAGAAAGAAGAGAGCAUGAAGCAAAGAAAUCCAAGCUUGAUGAUAUGCUCAAAAGAAUCCAGAAGGAGCAGAAAGAAACCAGAGAAAGACAAGCACUCAAUGAGAAAAUUGAAAGAGACAUUGCAGCCAAAAGAUCUGAGCAGAUGAUUCUCAAAGCUAGGCAAGAACUAAUUCGACAAGCUGAAGAGAUGAGACAGUGGGAGAUCAAGUUCAGAGAAAGGCUGAGAAAAGAGCAUAUAGAGAUGCUCAAGAGUAACGAAAAUAUGGUGAAAGGGAUGAUGGCCCGAGAUGUCGACCUCACAAACUUUGAUACAUACGUCAAAGAAUUUUACGACAAGAAUAACAAUCUUUAUAUCAAAGAUUAUGAGAGCAAGAUGCAAAGCCUUGAGAAAAUCAACAAAAUUCGUGAGGAGAAACUCAAAGAAUACGCUGGUUUCCAAGGUAUGAAUAAAGAAAGAAGGGUUAAAUUCAAUAACAAUCAGUCAAAGAUAGAUGCGUACUCCGGAAUCAGAGGCUCAGAGAAUGGUCAAGUAAAUUUCAAGAAAGUUUCAGGUGCAGGAAGUUCAAGUCAGCAAAGCAUGGCAGGUCCAAUUGCAAUCACCAUAGGAGUUGUAGCUAUUCUCGCAGGUGGAGCUAUGAUAAAUGGGUAGAGUAUUAUUAUUGUGGUAAAUUCAGUA